GGUUGUAUUUAUAAGGAAUUUCGUGUAUAUUUUCUUAUUUGAUUUGUUUAAAUUGGGUUUUUCUCGACGGUUUGAUGACCUAUCUUCACGACAAUGUCCAAAAGGAAGGCUGGAGUUAACGAUAUCAUUUAUGAAUUGGAUAAUGAUGACAUCGAACUAAGUAGCGAAGAUGAAGGUAAACAUCCUAAAAUUAACCGCCUUGAGCCAAAAAUCAGCUCACAACCCUCAAGCGACGAUGUUAUAAUUGAAGAAACUCCUGUAGAAUGUAUAGACAUCGACUGCUCUACCGAUACUAUUGAGGUAAAAUCAUCACCAACAAAAGCACAUAAUGGAGGGAAAAGUGCUAAUAUUAUUCAACUUGAAGACGACGACGAGCAAGUGGUGGUCGAAGAGGACGAUAUUAUUCAAAAGCAGAAGAGUAACACGUCUGAAUCGUCAUUAUUCAAUGAAGACAUUGUUGUUGAUUCUCCAGCAUCCAAUACAGACUUGGGUGUAGCGGGUUGUGAGAACCGGACACCUUUAUUCACAGUGCGCUUUAAAGAUAGCAGGACUGCUAAAGCUUAUAAGGAGGAAAUAAAAGCCUUUAUGUUAAAACUUAUUAAACUGCAUGAUUCUGAAGCUUUGGAGGGUUCGGAUGCGGAAACAGACUUGGAACUUGACAUUUGGCCUGAAGAUUUACAAGGGGCUGCUAGUGCACCUCAAACAGAGUCUCAAGAGGAGCCAGAAGAACAGGACAACUUCUUCUUUGUAGAUACUGACCCAUCUACACAGGAACCUGAUGAUAUACCAAGAUACAAACAGGCGUCUACUCUUAUUUGUAACGUACCAGCAAAAGAGCCUACACCCCCUCCAGUGCUUCGCCGAGGCCCAACAUGUUUUAACUGUGAUGGCGCACAUCCAUUACGAGAUUGUACAGUGCCAAGAGAUAAUGCUAGGAUUGCGGAAAAGAGAAAAAACAUGGUUAAAGUUGGCCGCUACCACGUAGAAGACGAACAGAAGUAUGGGCACCUAAUCCCUGGCCGAAUCUCCGGCAACCUUCGGCACGCGCUCGGCUUGAAACGGAGCGAGAUCCCACUCUACAUCUACCGGAUGAGGCUGCUAGGGUACCCGCCUGGCUGGCUUGAGGAGGCGCGGAUAUCACAUUCUGGGAUUACCAUGUUUGACUCUACGGGAAGCGCAAUAAGGGACCCAGAAGAAGAAGAGGGGGAGGUUUGCGAGCCGGGCUCCAAGGACAAGUUUGAUAUCAAGAAGAUACUUGACUUCCCUGGCUUCAACGUGACUGCCAGUUCGCGUUACCGUGAGGAAGCCCACCUAUACGGCUUGCCGCCCAUAUCGGAGCAGGAUAGCAAGAUCUCCAUGCUGCAGAUGCUAGCCCCUAACGCCAUGAAAGCGUACAAGAGGAAAAAGCUGACCUUCUUCCCGUCGGCUGACAAGGCGAAAGCUGACGGGCAGGCGGAGAUGGAGCUAGACAGUGGGGAUGAAGUCGCAGAGUUUCCAUCAGUACCACCUCUACCCGACGACGCGCCGCCUCCGCCGCCCCCUCCGCCCGACUGUCCCCCGCCGCCCCCCGAAUGCCCCCCGCCGCCCCCCGACACUGUCCCCCCGCCCCCCGCCAGCGUCCCCCCGGCGUCACACUCCCCGCCCCCUCCUCCCGAAUCUUCUCCGCCCCCCACCCCGCCCAAGUCCCCUGAGCCCGAGAAAGAGACUGACAAGUUGAAUGAGACGGACGACGUGGAGAUCGUGGCGGUGACCGAAGUGAAGGAUAUUCCUAUGCCGUUGGACGCCUCGCAUAUCACUAUUGAAGAUGAUUUGGACAAAACUGAACUAAGCAGCGGCCACAUCAGUCCCUCCCUCGAUGAUUUAGAAGAAAAAAAACAACUCUUGCUCAACGCCUUACAAACAGACGUCACUCUCCCGAACUCUCCCACCAUUUCCUUAGACGCAGAACCAAGCAAUAUACCGAGCGAGAUGGAUAUAGCUAGCGAAAGCGAAACAGAAAAGGAGGUCCCAAAUGCAGUACCCUUAAGGUUAGAAAUCGAUUCUAACCCAUCACCCUCAAGUAUAGAAAGUCCUAAUAGAACACCAAACGAAGCUAGAACACCCACUUUAGAUAGUAAAGGUGUUAAAACUACCGCCUACGGAACGCCAGUCUUAAAUAUCGCUUCUCCGUAUGUGAAGUUACCUAGUGACUCGAACUUUGCUAAAGACAUUUGUGACGUCAUUAAUUUUGAGAAUCUACCGAACUCGACGGGUAAGUAUAAGAAGAUAAGCAAUUUGUUGAAGAAGGUUAAGAGUGAAGUGGACAGGAUACAUGAUUCAUGAAGUUAAUGACUUUAUUAUGAUACUGGAUAGGUCGCUCCUCCUUCGUUGUAACCAUAACUGUCAUUUUACUUUAUAUUUUGAUUAAUCCACACUACUCUACCAAAACCUGACUGUUAGAUUUAUCAGAGUUUGCAAAAGACCUCAAUUUAGGGCCGGUUGCACCAAACCGACCGUUACAAACUUGAUUGUAUGGGAAUUUCCAUACACUUCUGCUGCGUCUGCUAAACUGUGGUUGAUGAAACUGGCCCUUAGUCUAUGAGUCAGAAAGAGAUUUUAUAUAUAUGAACUAUCAUUUGACUAGAUUUUAAUUGGGAUAAGCUGGCAACUAUACGUUUGAGUGGCUGUAGUUUUUCAGCGGAGCGACAGCUGACGUCCACGAGAGUUCAUUACACGUCAGCUUUAACCACUUUAGGAGUCUGAGAUGUUAAGAACAACGAAUUUUGCUUCCGGCCCGCAGUAUAAUGAAAUCCUAUACCUAUAUUGUAAUUCUGAAGGAUAUAAUGGGCGAUACUAUCCAGAGUUUAUAUAAAUAUUAGAUAGUAAACAGCGAUUAGGACGAAUUGUGUUCAUAAAAUAGUACAUGAUAGGUUAUUUUUAUUAUAACUAAAGCAGAUUAGGUUCAAAUGCAGUCAUCAAAUACCAUCCUACACCAAUAUCUAGACAGCGCGAAAUAAAAUGGGUGGUCAUGACAAUAAAUUUAUGAUUUUGACUACUUUUAUCCAGAAAAAUAAUAAUUUCAAAGAACAUUUUUCUGUACAGAAACCUGACUUUUUUCGUAACUUUCGUUAGCCGAAACCUUAGUCGGCCAUCACGGAAGAUACAGUUUACGUGUUUUAUAAAAGUUCGGUUAAUAAGUGAGAAUACAAACCUUUGGUCGAAACAUGAUUUUUACGCCGAAAACGAAACGUUGGUCCGACCAAGAGGGCGCUGUUAUUUUGAUGUAUGCGGUGACAGUAUAGUAUGAAAAAAAUAGUUCUAAUGAAAUUCCGCAACAUCGCGCGUAGUCAUAUCGUCACUACUUUAAAAAAAUUUCGUAUCUC